AUGACCAGUGAACUUGCCAGCAACACCCUCACCGCAUUCUGGGCCAGCAUCUCCUUCACUCUUGCUGUUGUCAUUGGAAUCGAUGGUGGAGGCCUUGAUGUACUAAGUGAGGUUAUUGUAGCGGACAUAACCACUCUGCAGAAGCGUGCCACCUACAUUGGUCUUCUUUUUCCACCCAUGGCUGCUGGAAGCAUCCUGGGGCCCAUCUUUGGGGCACUGUUCAGCGAGUAUGUUGACUGGCGGUAG